AUGGCAUUGAUAAAGUCUAUUGAAAUUUUGACAAUUUUAAUAAUCAUCGUAGUGGCGGCAAAUUCAGCACUUGAUGCUGGCCAUGACCUGAUUGUCGGAUCUCGACUUGCUGGGGAUAAAUGUAUUUACAAGGAAAAUAUUGUGAAAGCUGGAAAGUGGUUCCAGAUAGUUGAAGUCACCAAAAAAAUUAAGACGACGCGAGAUGAAAAAGUGACUCAAAUUAUAGCUAAGGAUCACGCACUUGAUGGUACAGGCGCAUUCGCCAAAGUUAUUGAAGGGGGUCCAAUGUACUAUAAUGUUACGAUGAAUUUUAAGAGUCAAAGGAGUUAUGGAAUCGAUUUCACUCUCGAAGUCUAUGCUCGUUAA